AGAAAACCACAAAAAAAUCAAUAGUAAUCACAACCAGCUAUUUUUUGUAUGUUAUUAUUAACCAUAAAACAAACCAUAGAGGGGUUUUCCUUGAGAACUACAUUUCCCAGCGGUCCGUGCGUGUUGUCAAAGUGUAGUCCGGAAGUAGGUUGUAAAGUAGUCCGCAAACGUUGCUCUCGUUGUUGGGGUUGCACAGUAUGAAUGAGUGAUUAUUAACCAUUAACGUAACCGUUAAUCCCGUGACAGAUGAUGAAUUAACCGGAUUUGCUUGGUGCUCGCGUUUUCCGGUUAAUCUGUCAGAUGUGAAAUAAAAGCUCGUCACAAUGGCAGAUGAAGUGUUUAUGAACUGGACAGUCAUUGUACUUACAUGUCAACAUAAAGACAGCGUUUAUGCUUUUCAAAGAGAGCUGGAGGUACGUCAGAAGCGUGGUCUUCUUCCAGCUAAAGCCCUGCUGCUUACGGUUCCUGACCCACACGCCCGACUGGGCAGCGGUGGGGCAACACUAAACGCCCUGCUGGUCGCUGCUGAACACCUGAGUGCUAGAGCUGGAUACAGUGUGGUGAAUGCUGAUGUUCUGCAUGACGCUCAUAUUCUCAUCUUGCACACGGGUAGAGAUUUUCCAUGGGAUGGCUGUAGCAGGGCUUUCUGCUGGAUGCCUGUACACAAAUCAGCGUCUGUAGAAGGAGCGGUUUGCUGUUUAGAUCUGCUGUUGGAUUGUCUGUCCACAAAGAUUUGCGUUGGGUCUCCACCAGGCGUUUGGGUUUGCAGCACUGAUAUGAUCCUAAAUAUUCCAAAACGUCCAUUGAUUUCAUGGGAUGAGUGCUCUGAUGUUCGGGUCGUUGCGUUACCGGGUGAUGUUUCCUUCGCUGUUCAGCAUGGAGUCUAUGUCACUGAUAAAGAGGCCAAAGUGUGCAACAUCCUCUAUAAGGGCUCGAAGGACAAGAUCAUCCGUGCUGCAAUGCCUGAUGGGAAGGUGCCAUUGGUCUCAGGGCCUGUGUUCCUCUCCGCUGUGAUUUCAGAGAAACUCUUACAAACUCAUGUUAUUUCACCAUUGGAUGGCUGCACUUAUUUUGGCAUGGACUCUGGAGCUCCACCUUUCGAGUUAUCUCUCUUUCUGGAUAUCCUCAUGUGCCUUUGCUCUGACCUGACAGAGAAUGAGUUUAUUAAUGGAGAAAGAUCAGGCUGCAUGUCCCCCUCUGGACCUCAGGGGGCAGUAGUGAGGAGCGGACGUAUGGUGCUAUGGAGGGACAUCAGAGGAGCCUCUUUCUCUAUGGUGUAUAUCCCUGAUGGCCAAUAUGAUUAUUUGACUCAGUCGGGUAGGGAACAUGUUGUUCGACUCACAGAAUCCGGAUCUGAGACGAUGAUUCUCUCUCAUGUUCAGGAUGUGAAGUCUGUGGCAGAGGGAAGCAGGGUGAUUAACAGCGUGUUGGAAGGAGAUAUUCAGAUAGCAGCAGGAGCUGUCGUACAACACUGCCACCUACAGGGUCCAGUUCAGGUACCUUCUGGCUGCCUGCUGUCAGGUCUGGAUCUGCUAUCAUCACCCUGCAUCCAGCGUCUACCUCUGUCCAGUGACAUCAUCAUUCAGGGACACAGAGUGAUGCUUGGAGAGUUAAAGUUAACCGUCUACACAGUUUUUGGAGCUCAUGACAGUUUAGAGGCUGACAGUGAUGAUGUCACUGCUUCAUUCCUCAAUCACAAAUGGAGUGAGUUUUACAGUCGAACUGGAAUACAGCCUCUGGAUCUGUGGGGACCUGAGAAGGCAAAGUCCUGCUGUCUACUGGACGCCCGAUUGUUCCCAGUGUUUAUGCCUCAUUCAGGACCCGUCGGACUGGAGGGUCUCAGUUGGCUAUUGGGAGGUCCUGGGCAGCUAAAAACCUGGAGAGAAGCCUGGAGACUCUCGCUCAGAGAUAUCCUGAUCCUCACUGACCAGCAGGUGGAGUUAAGCUGGAGAGAAGAGCUGUUUUUCAAUGUGGGCCGAAGGAGAGCUGUGGACACUUUACAGGGUCACACUGAUCUCAGUUUACUGCCGUUCUUCAGAGCAGCAGCUCUGGCCGGACAACACGAGGAGCUACUGCACACACUGGACUCAGUGGCUGCAUGCAGCAGCGGUGAUCUGGGCAUAGCUGCACGUUGUCUCGCCUGCAUUGCAGACGUUCUCGGGUGUCUGGCAGGAGAGGGUAAAGGGGGUUUGCGCAGUGGUCCAGCUGCGAACCCUUUAUGGUCAACUGCCUUUAAGCUUCUAGAAGAUGCUAACUUACCUGCAGGUGUUCAGGAAUUGGCUGAGCAAAGAAAGCAUUGGCUCAGCAGGCCAGAUUUUUUGGUACGAGCUGCGAGGCAUUAUGAGGGGGCGGGACAGAUACUUCUGCGGAAGGCGGUGAUGUCAGCGCGCAAGUUUGUGUUCAUUGGCCAAGGUGUGAUGCCACCCAUGGGUGAAUGGCAGGAAGUGGAGUGUCCUGCUCGACUGGAUCUGUCAGGUGGUUGGAGUGACACUCCUCCUAUUGCGUUUGAGCAUGGUGGAGUGGUGGUUAAUGUGGCCAUUAAGGUGGAUGGCAAACGGCCAAUUGGUGCCAAAGUUCGACGAAUUCCUGAACCUCAUCUGCUGUUGGUCAGCACCAGCGGAGAACCUGACUGCAGUAUUUCAACAGAAACAAUCUGUGAAGAUCUUACAGACCUGGAGGAUUAUUGUCAACCACAUGCACCAGGUGCUCUGCUGAAAGCAGUUUGUGUAUGCAGUGAUCUGGUGUGUUUAUCGUCUCCUCUUUCACUGAAAGAUCAGCUGUUAAAGCGCUGGGGUGGAGGACUGGAGCUGCGCAGCUGGUCUACAUUACCACAUGGUUCUGGUCUCGGCACCAGCAGUAUCCUGGCAGGCGCAGCUCUUGCUGCAGUGUACAGAAGUACAGGACGAAGCUACAACACAACGUCUCUCAUUCAUGAUGUUCUUUACCUGGAGCAGAUACUCACCACUGGUGGUGGAUGGCAGGAUCAGGUUGGUGGUUUGUUUGGAGGAGUGAAAGUCGCUCGAUCAGCAGCUCAGUUACCUCUGAGAGUUGAAGUUGAACAGCUGUCUCUCUCUCAAGACUUCAUAUCUGUCCUACAGCAACAUCUCCUGCUGAUUUACACUGGAAAGACGCGUUUAGCACGAAACCUGCUGCAGGAUGUGGUGCGCAGCUGGUACGCACGAUUACCCUUCAUCGUCCAGAACACAGAGCAGCUGGUCAUCAAUGCAGAAGAGUGUGCUGAAGCCUGCAGACAGGGGUCUCUCUCCAGACUGGGUUUAUGUAUGGACAGAUACUGGCAGCAGAAGAAGCUGAUGGCUCCAGGCUGUGAGCCGGCAGCUGUGAGGAUGAUGAUGAUUAAACUUCAACCUCUGAUCUUAGGACAGAGUCUUGCAGGAGCAGGAGGAGGAGGAUUUCUCUUCUUACUCACACGUGAACCUCAACAGAAGGAAAAAGUGAGAGACGUUCUCAGUAAAAUACAGGGCAUUGGUUCAUUCAGUGUUCAUUCAGUGGAGUUGGAUAUGGAUGGGAUCUCCAUCAUUCAGAAGAGCUCUGAACAUCCUGACUGACAUCUACAACUCAAAUCUGAUUCACUUACACACACACAACAUAUAUCUGUGCCUAUGUAAAUAUUAAAUGUUCUUAUUUCAUAUGGAUUUCUUAUAUCAAUUUUAACACUUAUUAACAAAAAUGUAAAUAAACAAAAUUUUAACAUUGAACAA